AUGUUUGUUGCAAGGAGAAAGGUGGCACAGUACAGCCCACGAUGCAUAGGCCGACUUCUUGAUUCUACACCGAGCUUUCUAAACUGGAGGCCACCACCUCGGCUAAGGUUUGGUGUAAGCCUUGGAACUUCACCUGUGCAGAGCAUGGACAGCUCCCCUGGCGCCCCCACUUCUCCGUCUCCUUCCAGUUUCAUUUCCGUUACCAGGUCAGUAUCCAUGCCGACAGUGCGUGGACGAAGAUCACUUCUCCUGCCUGUUGUCAACCGGCGCGCAAAAACUUGCCAGGCAUCCGUGCUGUCCCAAGUUGCAGCUUCUGUAGCUGCGACUGGUUCAGAUGAACCGGAACAGGAGCCCGCUUCACAAAACUCCUCUUUGCAGGUCUCUCAUCAGCUCGGAGAGGUAUUUGAUGCAUGCACUUCCCCGGGGAGGUGUCUGUGCCUAGCUCAUUUCGAGCGUGUGGUUGACCUCUUGAACGAGAGGUUCGAUGUCAGGUUUCAGUCCUUCGACGUGAGAAGACUCUGGAACAUGAUUUGUGUGACAGGGCAAGAUGAAGUUGGUCGUGAAGCCUUUGUGAGCCAGAUGGGUACUCUCCUGGCCGCAUUGUCGUCUUCCAAGGGCCUCUCCCUUGCACAGUUGAGGAUCAUCAUGAGAACGGCGUUUGAGCGCUUUGAUACGGAUUCAGAUGGGAGCAUAACCCAAGUCGAGUUUGCAGCAGCGUUGUCCAGCUGCGACAUCCACCUGCAAAGCAGCGAGGUAGCUGUGCUGCUGAAGUUCUUGUCGCCAAGUUCCACAGACGACACCGUCGCUGUUUCCCGAGAAGACUUAGAAGCAAAGACUUCUCCGUCGAGCCUGGAGGAGCAAUUCCAAGCAGCAUUUCAGGGAGCAAGCAAGAACUUGGCGGAAGCUACAGGAUGGAAUGGCGCCGUGAAGAUGGCAGGGCGGGUCCUGGCUGUUUUCGAAGAGCCCCUGAGUCCGAAGAGCCAGCUGUACCGCGUGAUUGCUGCAAUCGUUGGAAAGGAUGUUUCAAGUGAGAUGUUCGCUGACACAAGUGAGCUGCUAACCACCCUAGCAAGCAUAGUGCUUGUGCUGCACGCCCAUGACCACGGAGCGCAGAUGUUGCCAGCUGAGUGGAUGGAUCAGCUCAAAAGCGUUGCGGAUGACCUCACUGCCUCGUUCAAUGACCUUUUUGACUCGGGGCCCAUGGGCCCCGUACUGCUUUCAGGAGUCCUCGGAGCCUUCAAAGCACUACGAACUCAGGAGCCAGUGUCCUUAAGUGAGAAGGAAGCCUUACUCUUUGCCCGCACCUUCCACACAAAGGGUUGCUCUAUGCCUCUCUUUCAGAAGCUACUGGCUUGUGGACACUGCCAAUGGACCUCGGCUUCAGAAGGGGACCUCCUGCAAGACUCGGCUCGUCAGGAGGUUCAGGUUCUUGUGCGUGGAGAGGUCCAAAGGUGCAGUGAGGGCCAGUGCAUGGCUGUACAACCCGGCGAGGUCAUCAAAGGGUGCAGAGAUGGAGAAGUGGUGGUUGCUUCCAGCAAUGCAGACUAUGCUACUCUGGAUGCUGAAAAGCUGGCUCAGUGUGUUCAGAACUCGACCGACACUCUCCUUGUCGAAUUAGUCAAGGAGAUCCUGCUUGAUGCUGGCAUCGAACGAACGGUGGAAUGUGACGUGGACACCCCUCCCUUGGAUGUACCUGCAAGCCCUGAAAGCUCCACAUCUGGAUGGCUCUCACCAUUUGCAGCUGCUCUGCGGGUUCAGGCCAAGCGUAAGGGUUUUUCGGUGUGCAGUGAAGUCACCGACGGUUUGAACCACAUUCUGUCGCAAGAGGACAUCACCUUGCCGGCAAAGUUAGAGAGAUGUCGUGCACUGGUUUUGGACAAUGCCGAUGUUUUCGUUGAGAGCCUCGAGGCGCUCGUCGACAUAACAGGAGCUUGCUCUGCACUCCUUGCCUUUUGGACCCAAUCUUCAGCUCCCACACCGGAGCACCUUCUGCAGCUUGCUCCAAUUAUGAUUCUCCUGAGCCUCGUCGCCGUGCAUUCCGCGCGCCGUGGCGCAGCUUCUGGCUUUAGCCCGGCGGACGCGGCAAGCCCGUAG